AUGUGCUCCCUUCUCCUUCUCGUUGUGAUGCCCUUCGCAUCAGCCUCCCCCUUCGCCCCUCACGAUACCCGACUAACCACCAAGGACAUCACCGACUUCCCCUCCGUCGCCUUUGGUUCCGCCGAUGCCGAGUGGGAUCGCCUAAACAGAACACUAAACGGGGCGCUUCUCAAGCCUCUUCCACCGGGAUCCGUCUGCUAUCCUUCCUCCCCGAACUACAACCCCUCAGCCUGCUCUUCCCUUUUCACCAAAACAUACUAUCUCGACGACCCCGUCAGUCCGGCACAGCAGUGGACGACCGGAAACACUUGUUUGCCGGCUCGGAACCUAAACACAACGGGGAACUGGAACUCGACAUUGACUUGCACACAGGGUGGGUUUCCGGUGUAUGUGGUUAACGCAACUAGCGUUAGGGAUGUCCAGGCGGCGGUGAACUUUGCGAGGAACAAGAAUCUUAGACUGGUGAUAAAAAACACCGGCCACGACUUCGUGGGCCGCAACACCAGUGCCGGGGUCCUGUCCAUUUGGACGCACCACCUCAAGUCUUUCGAGUUCCUACCUCAAUACGCCCAACGCGGACCCAACCACCCUUAUUCUGGCCCAGCUGCUCGAGUGGGAGCCGGGGUACAGAUCAAAGAAGGCAGGGUGUUUUCGGAGAAGUAUAACAUCACGCUUGUGGGAGGGAGUUGCGCAACGGUGGGUUCGUUCGGGGGGUGGCUGGCGGGCGGAGGACAUUCGGAGUUGAGCUCGAUGUAUGGGUUGGGAGUCGAUCAGGCGCUGGAGAUGGGAGUCGUGACGGCGGGUGGGCGGCAUAGAGUUGUUAGCGCAGAGUCGAAGGGGAGAGAGAGGGAGCUGUUUUGGGCUUUGCGAGGUGGAGGGGGCAGCACUUACGGCGUGGUGACUUCCGUAGUCGUCAAGGCACAUCCGGCCAUCAAUCUGACUGUUGCCGACUUUUUCGAAGUGUUCUGGAAGGGAUUAAACGCAGUCUACGCCUUCGGCAUCCCCACCGUCGACGUAGGUGGCUACCUCUGGACUCAAGCCCUGUCCAUGGGCAACGGGAGCGGGAGCUUCCUGAUGCAAGUUAAGGUGCAAAUGCCGGGCAGGACGAUAUUCGAAACAACGGAAUUCGUCCAACCUUUGUUCGCAAAGCUCCAAUCGCUCAGAAUUUUGGUAUCAACGGCCACCGUCACGACAAUAGUGUAUGGCGCCCCUCGCUCUGAACCCGAAGGCCCUCUCCCUAACAUGCUCUUCGCGUCCCGCCUCUUCCCCCGUUCCUCCUUUACCAAUAGUAUACUCUUCUCUUCCACCAUGUCCGCCGUCCGCGCAGCUGUCGAAGCCGGCUUCUUCUUCCAUGGCCUCAACCUGUCCCCGACCCUGCGCGCAGGCGGUUAUUCCUAUCCCUCGGCUGUAAACCCGGUUUGGCGCGAGACGGUGAUGCACGCGGACUUGUUCGGGUACAUGGAUGCGAUAAGGGAGGCGACGCCCGGCGGAGGAUCGUAUCUGAACGAAGCGGAUCUCGAGGAGCCGGACUGGCAGCAUGCGUUUUGGGGGAGCAACUAUGAGAAGCUGAUGGGCGUCAAGAGGGAAUGGGAUCCGUGGGGGGUCUUCUGGGCGCCAGCGACGCACCAGUACCACGCUGGAUCGGCUCUCGCUUUACACAAGCUCUUGCCCACCAUGCCUGCCAUAACCGUCAGGUUUCUCGGCCUCGCCGCCCUGUCAGCCGUCAUCCUUCUAAACAUACCCAAUACUCGAGCCAUGAUCCACAUCGCCCAUUACUUUGCCAGUCCGUCCUUGACGCAAGCCGAUGUUGCGAGUACGUUCAACACCCCAAGCGAAGGCAAAGACCAGUUCAUCCCCAAGAUCAUCCACCAAAUCCACCACAACUGGCAAGACCUCAUCAACGAGACCAUUCCCGCCGACUGGGACGUACGCCAAACCUGCACAAUAACAAACCCCGACUUCGAGUACCGCCUAUGGACCGUCAAUUCCUCCCGCCAGUUUAUCGAGACACACUACGAAUGGUUGCUCGAGACCUACGACAGCUACUCAUGCCCCGUCCAGCGGGUCAAUGCUCUUCGCUACUUCCUCAUGCGUCACUACGGCGGCAUAUACAUUGACCCCAACUACGGCUGCUCCCGUGAUCUUGAGCCCUUGCUCUACUACCCCGCGUGGGUACUCAACGGCGGCCACGGCAUCGCUGGGGCGAGGCCUCAUCAUCCUUACUGGAUCAUGAUGACCGAGUCCCUCACUUCUCGAGGACACCGUUUCUUGUCCCCGCAUCUGACCAUCACACACAGCGGCGGCCCAGAGUUCGAGAGCGCCAUCUGGAAGAAGUAUCAUGCACAGCUGCCCACCAAACCGAGAAAAGUGGACCGGGUCUAUCGCAUCAAGAUGGGACACCGAGAGGUCUUCUUCAAGCGGCAGAAUGGAGGAUUUAAGGACAACAACUUUGGAUACAUUGGCUCGACAGAAGCCCUUCUCGGGUAUUUGUUGCUCUUUGCCAUGUUCACUCUAUGGGUGGCACGAUCGUGGCACGCAAGAAAGACCCAUCAAUGCGAAUACCAGAAGCUGCUACCAGCAAAAGAUGUAGCGGGAGGGUACGGGACCGUUUGA